UUGAGAAGAUUUAAUGUUUUUGUGAUAGACCCGGUGAAGGUUGUUUUUUUUUAACGGUGCUGUUUCGAUUCGUGGGAUCAGCGGCCUCCAUUUUAACUUCCACACCGAGCUGCGCCUCACGUGUCCCGGGCUGUCUCUCUCACAUGACCCGAGUGUUUGUUCCCGUGAUCAGCAGCGCUUCCAUCUCCGUCUGUGACACUCAAUAUCACUUUUUAUUGUAACCCUGAUGGAUAUGCUUGAACAGAGUCUGGACAGCUCAAGGCAAGAAAAGCAAGAAGAGGAGGCUGUCCAGGUAUCUGAAGGAGACGAACACACAGCUGUUGCAGUAGCCAGUGUUCAGCCGACUUCAUUUGGUGACCAUAAUAUACAGUAUCAGUUCCGGUCUGAGGGAGGGCAGCAGGUAAAUUACCGUGUUGUCUCAGUUGACUGACCAGCAGCUGAAGGAAGAGAUGAUGGGGGAGGAGCAGUGAGUGUCGUCUCUACAGCUGCCUUCACUGGAACGCCACACGCUGUGCCACAGGCUGUGAUCCAAAACCCUUUCAGUAAUGGAGGAAGCCCAGCGGGGGAAUCUGUGGGAGGCGAGACACGCUUUGCUUACUUCCCCACAACCACUGUGAGUGACGGAGCUGUGUCUGUGCAAGCCUCCGCAGACCCCACACUCACACAGGCGGGGGGUCAGUUUUAUGUGAUGAUGACCCCUCCUGAUGUCAUUCAGACAGGCACACCACGAACCAUUGCACCACGCACACAGGCUUAUCCUACAGAUGAAAACAAGAUGCUGCAACAAGACGUUCUAAACUGGAAAAUGGAUGGACCUCGCACACCAAGAGACGAGAGGCGAAGAGCGCAACAUAAUGAAGUUGAGAGGCGGCGAAGAGACAAGAUUAACAACUGGAUUGUCACUCUGUCUAAAAUCAUCCCAGACUGCAGUAUAGACAGCACCAAGACUGGAGCGAGUAAGGGAGGGAUUUUAUCCAAAGCAUGCGACUACAUCCACGAGCUGAGGCAAAGCAACCAGCGGCUGCAGGAAAGCCUGAAGGAAGUGGAGAGGAUACAAGUGGACAAUGAAUUAUGCAGGCAGCAGAUUGAAGAACUGAAGAAUGAGAACGCUUUGCUCCGGGCGCAGCUACAGCAGCACGGCAUUGAAAUGGUUGGAGAAAACACCGCCGCAGUGAAAAAGAGAGAGCGAGAGUGAGCAGAGGAGGGGGAGGAGGAGCGCCACCACGCAAUACACCUUACAGGCACGGCGUCAAAGAAUUCAAGAGGAGAAUGGACGAGUGAAGAAUUUUCUUUUAGAGAAUGGGUCCUUCCUUGGGUUUGCAGGCCGUGAACCCUUCCAGCAGCCAGCCGUGGCUGAUUAUGACUGUUCUAGUUUCUUUUGAGAUAAAUACCUUUUAAUGUCUUCAGAGGAAAUAAUGGGGGGGGAGGAGAAGCCCUUCCACCUUCAGAGCACAACGUCUGCUGAACUCCAUCACCAGUUUUGUAUUGAUGUAGCUCACUCAUGGACUGUUUGUCACCGUGUUCCCUGUCAGCAUAAUCCCUAUUAUUCAUUUGAAGGA